AUGACGUACCAGUCAAUCGAUACCGUAAUAAUAAAUCAAGACGAAGUUGUCAAUUAUUCAACUGAAUUCUUAAAUUCACUUGAUUCGCCAGACAUGCCACCGUACGUUCUAACAUUGAAAUUUGGCGUGUCCAUCAUUCUUCUACGAAACAUCAAUCCACCACGACUAUGCAAAGGUACCUGGCUUUCAAUGAAAAAGUUGAUAUGGAGUAUAAUGGUAUAUGAACGUAGCAUUGAUAUAGGUAGUGGCACAAAACUCACAAUGAAUUCAGGGGUACAAGAGGGUAUUAGCUUAGAAUCAGCCAUAUCCACAUACUACAGUUAUAUUAUGACUAAUUUGAACAUUAUAUUGCAAGCUCAUGAACACGAAACAAUUGUUAAUACAGCCAAAGAGUUAUGUGGUACUGUCAAAGAUUUUAUUGUUUGCAUAUCAGAAAUUAACAAUGUUAUUGACAAUACUGAAUUCAAUGAUUUACACCAAGAUUUAAAGUAUAAAUUAGACACACUUUUAAAACUCCUUCAAAAAGAAGAGUUCAAAAUAACAUAUCAGACUAAAAACGAAACUGUACAUACUAAUGAUCUAAAUGAAGAGCACAUUAACAUUAAUAAAAUAACAAAUGACAAUAUUAAAGAUACAGAAAGUAAAGUCAUAAAAAAAGUCUAUAAAAAGCAAUUACUUGAAAGAGCUAAUAGCCUUGAAAAAUCAGUUACAAAAUUAAUUGAACAUUUUGGCAAGACAGCUUUUCCUUCUACUAUUUUGACUCCACUUCCAAUAUCACAACUGAUAUCACCAAGCAUUGAUAAUAAUCUGAACCUUCAACAGUUAACUCCUACAUCUAUUGCAAAUCCUAUAUCUAUUUCUCCUAUACCAAUGUUAAGAAGAGAUUCAUCGUGUUCAACAGAAUUAAAUAUUGAAUCUUUACCGGCACCUGUUGAAUUUUCUGAUUGCCGCCAGGAAAUAGUUCUAGAUGAUCAAAAUGCUGUUAUGUCCGAAGAAGAUACAAGUACAUAUCAAACUUCACAGUAUGAUGAUUUGAAUAGCUAUUGUCAAAUAUACGAAACUGAUAAAUUAAAAAAUGAAUGCAAAAAUCAAAUUAGUGAACCUCUAAAAACAUAUCCUGCAUUUAAAAUAAGUGAAGAAGAAUCYUUGGGAAAUAUUUGUCAUAUUGAUUCGUCUGAAGCAUCAGAUGAAAUACCAAAUAGUUAUAAAAUGUAUGAUAACAAGUGCCAAGCCUCUUCGUCUCGUUACAGUUUUCGUCAAGCUUGCAAAGGCCCAUUUUCACGUAAUCGACCUAAAUUGAAUUUUGGUGUAAAUGAAUGUAUGGAGUCUGAUGUAGAUGUAUCAAAUUUAAUAUCCUCAUCCCCGGAAGAUGAAGAAAGUGAAGACUUUCGUAAAGAGCUUAUAGUUACAGAAAAUAGUUCUAAAAAGUGUAGUAUUGCACAUUUUAUUGAAGGAAAUGACAUUGCACGAAGAUCAAUUAAAUGCCGCCAUCUUAAUAAAACAUACAGUGACAUGGAAGCUGAAAUUGAAUUUGGAUUUAAAAAUAUAUCCAAGGAAUCAKAAAAAUAUACUGUUAACAACGUGGGUUUAGAAGUACCGAAUGAAUCAAAAUUUGUUACAGAUAAAAAUGAAAUAAAUGUCAGAAUUCAAGGUUCUAAUGGUAAUAUAAGUACAAAUGGUGAUAAUUCAUUCCUACUUCAAGAUCCUAAAUCAACAAGUGAUAUUUUUGAUGCUGCUGCUGAUGAUGAUGAUGAUAAUGAUGAAUUACAUAGUUUCAAAGGAUUAAAAAGAAGUCAGACAAUGACUGGUCCAGCUGUAGUCAUAAAUCCACCUUCUCCCCAAAAUUUCUCUCCCAAUAAAUUAUGUGAUGUAGAAGAGUCACAUCUGGAUUGUAGAAGAAAUAGUUUUGACAGUUGUCGGAGACUUUCUGCAGCAUCACCUAUCAUGUUAAAUACUUCACCUUUGCGAUCUUCACAUAGAAUUUCUAGUAGUACUGCAUUAAAUAAUCGAAAUCAUUCACCUACGCCAUGUUCAGUUCAAAAUUAUACAACGCUUAAACGCAAUAAACAUUUACCAAUCAUCAAUCCAUUAGUUACUCUACCCACUUGGCCCAAUGUAACAGAAUCAAGUUUGAUAAGUCAAGUGUUAUUAGCAAAUGCUGAUGCUCUAUGUGCUCCUGCUGUACCUUUGAUGGACCCAGAUGAAACAUUGCUAGAAGGAUUUUUUGAAAAAUGCAUUAUGAAUAACUAUUUUGGAAUAGGCAUUGAUGCUAAAAUAUCAUUAGAUUUUCAUCAUAAACGAGAAGAACAUCCUGAAAAAUGUAGGUCACGGACUCGAAAUUACAUGUGGUAUGGAGUAUUAGGAAGCAAACAGUGGUUACAGGUAAAUUAUUUUUUAUAA